ACAAAGGUAUUAUGGUGUAGCAGACAUUAGGUCGACUCAACACUGCACUGAACGCACAACCCUUUUUGGAGUGUUUAUUAACAUAGUAGUUUAUUUUUCUCACAGUUUUCAGAUAUGCUCAAUACUGGUGUAGCUAUGUGAGCCAUUACUGCUGACAUGUAUGCAGAGGACAGUGCUUGUAUGCAACAGCACAGAUGUAUUGUACAUGCAGUGUGCCAUACUCACAGUUUAUCACUUUUAUUUAACAAUUAUCUUCUGUAACUGAGGCUCUUUAGCCACCCAAGAGAUUGUAGUAUUUUUGAAGCCUUUUUUCAUGUCGACAGGAAAAUUAAAUAUUUUGUAUUUAAUGUAUCUAUCAUACCUUUGAUUCUGUUUAAUUUUGCGAACAACCACCUAAUUCAUGUAUGUGCAUGCUUCUGCGGUAUCAGUUUAAUUAUGGGAACACGGUGAGGACUACAUGAUUACAGGGAAGGUUGCUGGAGAAGUGAUUCUCUGCACAUUCUUGUAUCUUUACUAGGGGGCAGCGUUGAGUAUCUCCUAUGAUGAUUCGUUUGUAAUAACAAUGUAAUAGAGCACAGUGAUCACUCUUUAAACCAGAUAGUGUGGGGCAUCUUGACAGAAGUAAACAAAUGUCUGCCAUUUCUAAUUUUAACUGAACAGACCGUCACAUAUUUACUCAAUUUUGGAGAGAUAGAUUUUUCUUUUUGUUAGUUUAAACUUAUUUACAACCCACCAGCUAUAUCUAUAGUUUAUUGUUACUUGCAGCGUAUACAGUGGAGAUGUCAUUGUUAUUCAAACCGACCAGUAAAGAAAUAAAAUCCCAAUUAAGCACAAUUCUGACUACUUUUGUACUCCAAUAGAACGUUGCAACAACCCAUUCGAUCAGCAGAGAGCAGCUGUCCCAUUCUCUGCAUUUUCGCUGCCAGGCAUUCCAGCUGUCUGAUGUAAUGGACUCUGAAUCAGGAAUACAUGCAUCAACCGUGGACUCUUGUCUCUUAUGAUCUCAGACAGAUGGGCAUCAUUUGAUAAAUCUACAUUGAAAUAUUUCUUACAAGUAGUAACACCCCUUUCAAAGGACUGUGAAAUAUGCCAUUGCCUUUUGGCUUAAAACUAAAAAGAACGCGAAGAUACACCGUCUCCAGCAAGAGCUGCCUUGUCACACGCAUUCAGCUGUUAAAUGGCGAAUUUGUCGAGUAUACACUUUCUGUGGAGGGUACCGGCCAGGAAUGUCUGGAAGCAGUUGCGCAAAGACUCGAAUUACGAGAGAUAACGUACUUUAGUCUCUGGUACUUCAACAAACAAAACCAGCAGAGAUGGAUCGACCUGGAGAAGCCGUUGAAGAAACAGCUGGACAAGUAUGGCUUGGAGCCCACGGUUUACUUUGGGGUGGUGUUCUAUGUGCCAACAGUCUCCCAGCUUCAGCAGGAGAUCACACGCUACCAGUAUUAUCUGCAACUGAAGAAAGAUAUCCUGGAGGGUAGGAUUCCCUGCUCCAUUGAACAAGCUAUCCGGUUGGCUGGGCUGGCUGUGCAAGCUGAUUUUGGAGAUUUUAACCGCUAUGAGUCCGAGGAAUUUCUCCAGAAGUUUGUGCUGUUCCCCAUUGGAUGGAUUCAGGAUGAGCGAGUAUUGGAGGAGGCCACUCAGAAAGUUGCUAUGCUUUAUCAAAACUAUCGAGGGUUACCAGCCCCUGAAGCAGAGCUGCUCUACAUGCAGGAAGUGGAGAAGAUGGAAGGGUAUGGCCAAGAGACAUAUCAAGCUAAGGAUAGCCAGGGCACGGACAUACUCAUUGUGUCGUGUCUCGACGGGAUUAUCGUCAAACAUAAGAAUAACAAGCCAUCUCUCAUUUUUAGGUGGAAUGACAUCAACAAUAUGACUCACAACAAGUCGUUCUUUGCAUUGGAACUAACCAAUAAGGAGGACACAAUUCAGUUCCAGACUGAGGAUAUGGAGACCUCCAAAUAUGUCUGCAGAAUGUGCCUGGCACGACACAAGUUUUACAAAAUUAACAAGAACAGCCUAGAGGAGGGGGACUCCACGCCUCCCGAGGGCUGGCAGAAGUCCAUUCUCACUCUCUCCUUUCCUCGCUUUCCAAUGCUCUCUCGUCCCUCUCUGCCUUCUAAUAAGGGCCAAACCCAGCCUGCCCCUGUCAACCCAGUGCGACGGCGAUCUUCCACAAGAAUGUCUCUGCCAAAGCAGCCCUACAUGAUGGCGCCCCCACAAUUGCACUACAACGGCCAUUACACUGAGCCGUACACAUCUUCCCAAGACAACCUUUACAUGAACAACCAGAACGGCUACUACUAUCACUCCCAGACCAGCCUGGACCGCUCUCCGCACGAGUACAACGGGCGCCUGCGCAAUGGCAGCGUGUACAGCGCGCACAGCACCAGCUCGCUCAACAACCCGCAGCAUUACCUGCAGCCCUCGCCCAUGUCGUCCAACCCCAGCAUCACAGGUAGCGACGUCAUGCGCCCCGACUACGUGCCAUCGCAUCGCCACAGCGCCCUGCUGCCGCCCUCCUACCGCGCCACGCCCGACUAUGAGACUGUUAUGCGGCAGAAGACCCGACCGGGCGGAGGCGGGGGCCACGGGCACAUGGGGCCCGGGGUGGAGCGCCAGAGCCACUCCAUGCGCAACCUGAACAUCGGCAGCUCCUAUGCCUACAGCCGGCCCGACCCGCUGGUGUACAGCCAGCCGGAGAUCCGCGAGCACAUGGCCGGCCAGUACCCCUUCCACCUGAACUACAGCUUCCACAGCCCCUCGCACCCGUACCCGUACCCCGGUGAGCGCCGGCCGGUGGUGGGCGCCGUCAGCGUGCCCGAGCUCACUAACGUGCAGCUGCAGCAGGCACAGGAGUACCAGGCGCCCAACAUCAUGCGCACGCAGGUGUACCGCCCGCCGCCGCCGUACCCGUACGCGUACCCGCGGCCGGCCAACAGCACACCGGAUCUGUCACGCCACCUGUACGUGAGCAGCAGCAACCCGGACCUGAUCACGAGGCGCGUGCACCACUCCGUGCAGACCUUCCAGGAGGACAGCCUGCCGGUGGCGCACUCCCUGCAGGAGGUGAGCGAGCCGCUGGUGUUGCCGCGGCACCCGCGCAUGCAGAAACGCAACUCCAUCGAGAUCGCCGGCCUGGCCUACGGCCUGGAGGGCAUGCGCAUCAAGGAGCGCACCAUCUCCGCCUCGGCCGCCGAGAUCCCUGCCCCGGUUUCUGCCCCCAACCCCGCCUCCUCGGCCUCCGAGCUCAACGCCCUCCUGGAGAGAACUGUCAAGUACGAGGAGGAGGGCGGGAGCAAGGAGGACGUGCGCUACGGCCACAAGAAGUCCCUGUCGGACGCCACCAUGCUGGUGCACAGCAGCAGUGGCGAGGAGGAGGAGUUGGACGACGAGGGCGGCCGACACACACCCCAAUCCCAGGAUGCCAUGGUGGGGGUGCCAGUACAGGUGGACCAACACCUGGUGGCCCUGGGUGUGGGACAGACGCCCCGGGAGCCCCCUCCAGCCUACCCCUUCCCCUCCGCCCUCGACCAGAUCCUGUCGGGGCCGCCCGCCUACCAGCCCCACCCGCCCAUCCACGAGGCCGAGGCUGAGCCGCUCUACCUGCCCAUGGAUCGCCUUGCCAUGCGGGACCCCACAGCCAUGGUGCCAUCCAUCUCUGACGGGGACCUCGGCAGACAAAAGGCCAAACGAGACAUCCUCAAGAAGCGCCCCGUUUCGGACGUGCCCGCGGGGAGGAGGCUGAUCGAGGGCCUGCCGCCUGUGGGCAUGAAGAGGGGCACGCGAACAGACACGAAGAAGCUGGGCCAGCUGAAACUGAGCGCGCUCAACGGCCUGGCUCACGCCCGCUUCUCCGCGCAUGACGAGGCCAAGGAUGAGCCGGAGAGGGCGUCCAACGAUGAGCGGUGCAAGAUCCUGGAGCAGCGUGUGGAGCAGGGCACCGUGUUUGCAGAGUAUGAGCAGGUAGCGAAGCGCCGGCCAGGCAACGACUGCACCAUCGCCCUACUACCCGAGAACGGUGAGCGCAAUCGCUUCCAGGACGUGCUGCCCUACGAUGACACGCGUGUGGAGCUGGUCCCCACCAAGGAGAACAACACAGGCUACAUCAAUGCCUCGCACAUCAGGGUGACAGUAGGAGGAGAUGAGUGGAGCUACAUCGCCUCCCAGGGUCCCCUCAACAAUACGUGCCAGGACUUCUGGCAGAUGGUGUGGGAGGCAGGCGUGGCCAUCAUCGCCAUGGUCACCGCUGAGGAGGAGGGCGGCCGCGAGAAGAGCUUCCGCUACUGGCCACGGCUGGGAUCGCGCCACAACACUGUCACCUACGGCCGCUUCAAGAUUACCACACGCUUCCGCACGGACUCGGGCUGCUACGCCACCACCGGCCUGAAGAUCAAGCACCUGCUGACGGGCCAGGAGCGCACCGUCUGGCACCUGCAGUACACCGACUGGCCCGACCACGGCUGCCCCGAGGACUUCAAGGGCUUCCUGUCGUACCUGGAGGAGAUCCAGUCUGUGAGACGGCACACUAACAGCACCAGCGAUCCAAAGAACACAAACCUGCCGGUCCUGGUGCACUGUAGCGCGGGGGUUGGGCGCACGGGCGUGGUCAUCCUGUCUGAGAUCAUGAUAGCCUGUCUGGAACAUAACGAGAUGCUGGACGUCCCAACAGUUCUGAACAUGCUUCGUCAGCAGCGCAUGAUGAUGGUGCAGACCCCCUCACAGUACACAUUUAUCUACAAGGUGCUCAUCCAGUUCCUCCGAAACUCGAGACUCAUUUGAGACACCCCUCUGUCACCCUGGGGAUGUGCGGUCAUGGACGGUUCCUCAUCCAGAGGACCCCCCCCCCCCCCCAGAGACACUACCCUCAUGUCUGACGUGACACAACGUCCCAGUGCUUGACCCAGUUAGGCUGCAGAACUGGGGCCUGUAGCUCCAUUCAAGCACUUGACUGUGGAGAAUGGGGGAGUUCUGAGUAAGCCUCUUCUCCAGCUGACUCUCCUUCUCAGUAUUAAAGGAAAAGGUGGGACUUGGAUGUGAAGUGGGUAGAUGCAUAGUGUGUGUAUUUGUUUUUUAAAUGUCAGUAUUAUUUCACUAUGGGCGUUUUACACUAUACCAUUACGGCUGCAAAACCCCCAAGCACUUUUACACUUUUGCUGUAAAUAUCAAACAAUGCUGAAGCUGCAGUUUUUAAAAAUCUAUAUUUGGAUAAAUAUAUUAACACUAUUGACUGCAGUCACUUUUUUAUUUUUUUUUUAUUUUGUAUUUGUUGCUCUCAAUUUCAUUUAUCAUGGUUGAUGCUUAAUAGUGGAGGAGAUUGAAGAACUGUUGUGAUUUUUUUUUUUUUUUUUUUUUUGGACUUUGUAAUAAUUAUUCAGAUGAAGGACACGAGUGUAUAUAUUUUAGAUGAGGACGCGAGAGAAAGUUGAGAUUUAUCUUAAGAUAUAUGUGUGUGCGUUUGUCUGCUUGACCCAGAGAGGACUGGCCCUUGACUCAUGUAGCAGGGCUUGCUGUGCAGGUUGUAUGUUUUCUUUGUUUUGUUUUUUUUGGUUUGUAAACUAGAACAAAGCUUCCAAUUACCAUUUGGACCUCCAAAACAAAGUAUUGCAUUCAUUUAAAAUUUUUAAUAUAUAUAUUUUUUACAAAUGCUAAUUUGUAAAGCUGUGAUACUUGGAUUUAAUGGAGUGGAAUCAUUUAAGGAGUGCUCUUGGACUCAUAACCAAAGAGUCCAAUUUGGAAAGUUUAUAUUUUAGACACAUCAGACAGCUUGUUCGUUUUUGUAACUGAAGGCGUUAAGUCACAUCAAUUGGAAUCCAUAUCCACCAAAGACUCUUUAUUGCAGAAAAGGCAUUCAAGCUAAGGAGACUUUACAUAAGAGGAGGUUCUGCGGUUGUAGAAAUGGUAUGGAGCCAUGUGCUAUGGUAUAACGCAUACACUACUGCAUGGCUUGAUUUGAAAAUCAGAGGUGGGCAGGGUAAGGCUUAAGAGAGACCCUUUUGUAUCCAUGUCACUUGUGCCACACCAUGAGAGAGACUUAAGGUUUAAAAAAAAAAAAAAAAAAAAGCACUGAUGUUUUCAAGCCUUCACUUACAUUACCGUUAAUGUUUUGUUCUUUUAGCUGAACCCUAGCCAUAUCCCAAAGACCACUGUUGGACGUUGAGCAUCGCAGUGAAUCAGUAUCACUACAACUCAGAACAGACUAGUCAGAGGCUUUGAGAACCUGCAGGUUGCAUAGAGAAACCUGUUUGUCAAAGCACAAGAGUACACUACACUUUGUGGUAAAACUGGUGUAAUCUUAUAUGAUAUACUUGCAGCCUCUGUCUUGAAGUGCCUAAUUGUUUUCCUUCUUUAUUAUUAUUUGAUCUAUUCUUGCACAGACAAAAGAUUGUGAAAGACAAUCAUUUGAAAUCAAGAUGCCAUGUUUGUUUGUUUUUGUUCAAUUGAAUCAUUGAUAUAUGCAUCAGAAAGCAGACACUCAAUGGACUGUUGACUUUCAGGGACCUCUUUUAGCCUCUAGAACAGGGUUGAAAUGUACGGUUUUAACAGACUGCUAACAGAUCUAUAGCUUCAGAGAUUUCAGUUGGAGUGCUGCUGUUUUGAGUUGAGAAGGGAUGUGCCUUGGGUUUGAGGAUGGUGGAUUAUGAUUGGCUAACCCAGCCGGUGUGCGAUGGUUCCCUUGCCUUGGCAUGCUAUAUUGAAGGCAUGAGACAUUUUGGCCUCCACUGUUGCAGACAGCCGCGUCUUAUUGUUGAGCCCAGCCUCUAACACGCAGGGGUGGUCUAAUUCUGAGCGCAACCAGUUAACGUAGUAGAUAAUCGUGCAUUUGUCCAUCCUCAUCCGUUUGUACUAUUCGUAGAAUUGUUAUUAAUGUUUCACCAUCAUUUUCAUAUCAUUGUGAAGAAAGAGAACCCUUUAAUAAUCUCAAAUUGGUACACAGUUGGAUGUGUAAUCAAGGUUUAUCCCACAGGUCUGUCCACCCCAGAUAGCUUAAUCAUACUUAGCCAUGUUUUUAUUUUUUUUUAUUUGAAGGAAUAAAUUGGUGUGUUCUGUUUGUCAUAAAUUAUCAUGAGUGAAACUGGAAAAAAAAUGACUAGCUGAGGGCUAAGAAUUAACCUGGAUGCUGAUAGUCCACGAGGACCAUCCUACAUUGUACAUUACUAUGAAUGCAUUGGUCAGAUAGUUGAAUCAAGUCUUACUGAAUAUCAACCUUGUUAAUUUGCUUACUGAUGGCAAGACCGCAGAGUUUUAGCCAAGGUCAGGGGGAUAUUUCCCAGAGGAGGAUCAGAGUUGUUUGGAUAGCUGCAGAAUGAAACCCUAAAGCAAAUUUUGACUUUGAUCAGUGUUUGGGAUAUUUGGGGUCUUUACUUGGCACUUUUAUCUAACUCCAACAAAAAUCCUCCUUUGUGAAAUAACCUUGUGAUGUAUUUUGAUUGAAGAUUCUGUUACAAUACAAGACAUCCUGAGCUUUAAACAUCACACUAGUGAUGUGAAACAAUGUACAAACUAUCAAAUGAACAAAGUGGUAUUCUACUGUAAACAAAUUUAUUUAGAAUAAACUUUCUUUUGCUAAAAAUAAAUAUUUGCAGAUAUGG